UUGGUUCUAGGCCUUGGGGUCUUCUUCAGUCGAAGCAAAACCAGAGUCAGCUGACAGUUUGUUGCUCUACUCAACUCCACAAAGCACAGAGAGAAAAUACUCGUGCAGCUAAGGUCAUACAAGAGAGAGAGAGAGAGAGAGAGAGGGCCAAUGUCAUCAUCAUCAGGGGUUUUGAAGGGUUGCAGGGCUCUUAUGGCCGCCGCCAAGGCUGCCACUCCCAAAUCCUCUGCUGCAAAACCAAAACCAAAACCAAAGCCAAAGCCAAAGGCAGUCUCCAAGUCGUCGUCGUCGUCAAAAAUGGCACGACCCACCGGCAUUUUGAAGCUAGCCCCAGUCUCGCCAGCUCUCCACCAGUUCCUCGGCGUUCCCGAGGCUGCUCGCACUGACGCCGUCAAGAAGACCUGGGACUAUAUCAAACUCCACAACCUUCAGAACCCCACAAAUAAGAGGGAGAUUUGUUGUGACGAGAGGCUGAAGACGCUUUUUGAAGGGAAGGACAAAGUGGGGUUUCUAGAGAUUGGGAAGUUGCUAUCACGUCAUUUUGUGAAGACCAACUGACUGCUGAUGGUGAGAUCAACUUCUUUCUGGGGUACUCCUAACAUCUUGUAAAAAGUAGGUAGGAAGAAAGCAUAUAUGACUGUUUUUGGUGGUGUUAAUUGUAGUGUAACAUCAAUGUCAUUUAUGCAAAGAUGUUUGAAGUUGUGCCACAAUGAAUUUGGUUUCAAAAUUGUUGAUUUGUAGCAAACUAGUUGGAGCUUUAUGGUUUCUAUUCUCAUUAUAAUUCAGUGGAUUUCAAUUUUGAUGUUCUA